AGUAUUCCAACGAAACGGGACGAUUCACCCAUCAAGAAUUUCUCAAUUCUCAUUUCUUUGGUCCAUCGUCUCCAAGCCAAUCGGAGAAGGACGAGCGGAUGCUUCCGGUUCAAUUCACGCAGCCGUACUUCGACUGCAGCGCCGCCAAGAAAUGGGUGCUGAGUGCCGUGUCUCCAGUUGUAGAGUACAUGCCUCGCUACUCCAAAUGGACGCAUCUCCGUCGACAGAGGUUUGUCGCUGCUAUUGUGAUGGACAUCGAUUUCUACAACGUAGAUUUCAACCCGUGUCGAGUGAGCGCGGGUAACCCUGGACCCAGCUACCUGGCGGGUAUUGACAGGUGUAAGAAAGGAACCGGCUGCAAGCAGGUAAGUGGGUUCGGUUUUACACGUGGUGGCUACAAGUGUAAGUGUAAGAGCGGCUACCACUACCCGAAAUGGAUCAAGCCGGUCUACCAGGGAGUCUACGUCGAACAGGCUACGGAGGACGAGUACAAGAAUGGAUUCAACUGCUUAAAAACUGGAUACCUUCAAGUGCACCCGCAGAUAGAUGCUCUAGAAGGAGUCACGUUCGAAGGUGGAUCCACAACGCGUACUACUGGCGGAGGAGAAAGCAAACCCUUAACGAGAAAUGUUCAUUCCAGGAGGACACGCUCUGUAAAUGCAACAGAGGAAGAUGUUUAUCCAACCAAUCAGAUGCACAGAAUCUUUAUUCCACCCAAUCGGAAAACAAGAAAGUUGGUUUCUCGGCUUCCAGACGACAAACGCAAGACAGUGCUACGUCAGAUGGUCGACUCGCCAAAGAAAGAAACACAAAAAUGUAAGAAUACAGAUACGUGGGCUAAAUACGCUCACGGUAAAGUAAAAUACAUCAGCAGGAGGAAGAUUAAGAUUUUGAGGAAGAAGUGGCUUAGGGUGAAGAAUGUGACAGACCACAGACGACAGAAGAGAGCUUUUAAAGGUCCAUUUGACCAGGUGGCCUUCGACUCCAUGAAGCGGAUCUUCCGGCAAAAGACAAGCGUUAGGCCGCAGAACUGUCACACCAAACCAAAGAACUUGUUGUACUUGCCGGGAGACGUGGGUUACGGGUUCGACAGCCAGUUUGAGACAGAAGGAAGAACAGCUUUACGUCUUGCUCACUUUGUGAGUAACUUUCUUCAGAACACGUCGCCAAACGAUAACUUUGGGACUCUCCGUGGAGGUGGGCGUCUGCACAUGGAACAUCUGUUUGGAGAAGUGCUCGCUAACGUCAUGGCCAACCACAAGAUCCUCUCCAGCGGCAUAUUCUGGGACACUCAUCAGUUUGUAAACCAAGAUGACUCUACCAGAGAAUUCUUUGGUCCUUUGGCGUACAAGAAGCAAGGCAGCUUCUACCUCAUUGACUCUGCAGGUCUACCACUGCGCUACGCAGAUGAAGACUGGUACAGUAUAUCAAAAUCCAGAUGGUCUACCAACGUUAAUACUCUUGACACGUACAAGAUGAGACCCAUGGUUAGGUCCAAUCCAGAGGGAGCCAGUUCCGUCCAGUUUGAGUAUUUUCCAAUGAGCUACAAGGCCCCAGCAUACAAAGAUGGCUUCUGGACUCGGCCGACAUUUAAAUGUGAUGGUCGCGUGGACGAGUGGAUUCUCACCUACGUCGUUCCCUUCUUUGGUCUGGAUGGGCUCAGAAAGAAGAUCCAGUUUAAGGGUGUGGUAACGGUGGACGUUCCUCUGGACUUGCUGGAAAUUGACCAAUGUCCGGGUCCUUUCUACAUGGCAAACGCCUUCAAGAACACCGCAAGAUGUGACCAGAUUUCUACAUCGUGUAGGAAGCAGAAUGGAUUUGCGUUCCAGCGUGGUGCCUACCGUUGUACGUGUCGCCAGGGCUUCGAGUUCCCACACAGAUACGGCAAGUUCCGGUUCGAUGGCUCGUUAAUGGAGUUGGAAUGGGAAAAGAAAGAAAAGGGUUUAUUCAGCAGAUUCGAUCAGCUGAAAUGUCGCAUAGCUGGUUCUGAAAUGGUUGUUAUUCAUCGGAUGCUUCUAAUGCUGAGCACAGGAAUUUCCUUCGCGUUCAGAUACGUUCUAACACCAUAGAUAUCAUCUUUUAUGAUUCAGAAUUCAGAAUUCGAUUCUGAAUUGAGUACUAGCGAUUGUUUCACCUCCUGAACAUACUAAAAUAUUAAUUCCAUUUGUUUUGUAUGGGUUUAUUUUUAUCUUAUCUUAUUAUUUAUAAACAUUAUUUUAUAUUUUACAUCUGUAAAUAUGUCAUACAAAGUUAACUUUUUUAGUUACAUCAAGAUAUUUUAGGAAAACUGUGACUGUAGUGUAGUGACACUAUUCCUGAAGACGUAGCAACACGAAUGCAACGCCACUGUUCUUGCCAGGUUCACUGUGUGCUAUAACAGAUUCAGAGGAUAUUUUAAUUUUGUUGCAAGAGAAUCUGAUGCAAAUAUACAGAUGAAAUCAGCCAUCACAAACAUGGACAUUCUGCACCCACUCGAAGUCAACGUGGCUUUUGUUCUGAAUCGUGUACCUGGAGGAGGCGACCACAUCAAGAAUAUAUUUUAUAACCAUUUUUAAUAUGCCCGUCUUUGACAAAGGUCGUAUUCUGGUGGUGUCCGUUCGUCCUCCAUUGCGGAGAAAAACAUUAAAACUUUAAUUGCGUGUAGAUGAGAACAUACAGACAAUCAUUGUUGUUAAUUAAAACGUUUAAACGUAGUUAAAUGUCUUAAUUGUUACUGUUUACGUUUUCUGUAAAAUACAAUUUGAUGUUAUGCUAGUGUCUUUCUGAACUUUUUAGUCACAGCGUAAGUGCACGGCGAGCGUACCUGUCCUUAUCUUGAACGCACAAAAAUUGUUAAUGUCAGGUUAGCCGCUUGGUUCUGUCUAUUUCUUUUUGAAUUUUAUUUAUUCCCAGCUUUGUUAAACAUACAGUUAAGUUUUGUUUUAGUCUAUUUUUGGUGCUUGGGGGUUGUGGGGGUUGCAGGAUUUGGUUGGUGUAUAUGUUAAUUGGAUUUUGUUGUGCUUUUUUUACCCCCCCCCUUUUUUUUGGUGGGGGGGGGGAGUAUUUGGUUUUGUUGUUAUGGGUGAUUUAUUGUUUUAUUUUUUGUGGGGGUUUUGGUGGGGGGAGGGUUGUUGUUUUUUCUGGGGCUUUUUUGGAGGGGGGUUGGGGCAUGCCAUUACAAUGAAUAUCGGCUUAAUCUAACAUUAUCUAUAUUCUGUAGUGGAAAGUAAAAAAUUAUAUACAUCAUUGUUUUAUUCUGUAGUGGAAAGUAAAACUAUAUAUCUGCUUA